AAUUUCUAUCAAGAUCGUGAGAAAGUGUAUCAAUUUUUGAUGAGACUCAAUGAAUCGUAUGGCAACAUUAGAAGCCAGAUUCUUGCCAAAGAUCCAUUACCCAAUAUUAACAAGGUUUACUCCCUUGUGCUGCAAGAGGAAACUCGGCGACUACUAGUUCCACAACUCUUAAGUUCUGAAAAUACUGCGUUAGCAGUAAACUCACUACCUUCUUUUAACAAAAACUUUCAGCCAAGAGGACAGCAGUACACUAGGAACAGGCCACGUCCAAAAUGUGACCAUUGUGGACAACUUGGGCAUAUCCAAGCACGCUGUUAUGCAUUACAUGGCUACCCGCCUAACCAUCCAAAAUCUAAAGCUUCACCUGAAAUGGCUAAAGGCGGACACACUCAAAAUGGAUCCUCGGCAAAUGUCACUACUGCUGCAACAGUUCUCUCCCAAUUGACUGAAGAUCAACUCAGCAAAUUAACGGCAUGGCUUAGUGCUGAUGAUAAACCUGCUGCCGCAAACGUCGCAGGACCGUUUGUCGAAGAGGCUGAUUGGAGUGGGUAGCUUAUGUGGCGGAUUGUACCAUCUACGAUUACCGGCCAGUUCUCAUGCUCUUUCCGUUUCUUCUCUUAAUAAAUCUCUUGUUUGGC